UGAUCUCCCUUCAUCCCUUUCAAUCCUCAUCUGUUCUUCAUAGUACAGAGAGGGAGGGAAAGAGAGAGAGAGAGAGAGAGCCUGUCUGAAUGUGGGUGUUGGAAAGACAGAUUUCUAAUAGUGCAUAUGACAGAAAAAUUGAAUGAAUAUCAUCGUUCUGGGAAAAGACAAAGUGGAGAAACUACCCUAAACAUCAGAAACACAGAGACCAAAGAGGCUAAAAACAGAGUUCUCCCUGUGCCCCUGAUCUCACUUUCGGCCUGUGUCACCUGGUGACAACACCUGACCAGCCAUCGCCAUGGGUGAAAUGGAGCAGCUGCGAAAAGAGGCAGAGAGCCUGAAAGAUCAAAUCAUAGCAGUCCGUAGAGAAUAUUGCGACACAUCGCUACAGAAGGUCACCACUGAGACGGCUGUGGUGAACCGGGUCCAGCUGAAGACCAGAAAGACACUGAGGGGACACUUAGCCAAGAUCUACGCCAUGCACUGGUGCCAGGACUCCACGCUGUGUGUCAGCGCAUCUCAGGAUGGAAAACUGAUUGUUUGGGACAGCAUAAGCACCAACAAGGUCCAUGCCAUCCCCCUGAAGUCAUCGUGGGUAAUGACAUGUUCAUAUGCUCCAUCUGGAAACCUGGUAGCAUGCGGUGGGCUGGAUAACAUGUGUUCCAUCUACAACCUGAAGGGCAAGGAUGGCAACGUCAAGGUCAUGCGCGAGUUAGCUUCACAUACAGGUUACCUGUCCUGCUGUCGUUUCGUAAAUGACACCGAGAUCAUCACCAGCUCCGGUGACUGCACCUGCAUCUUGUGGGACAUUGAGACAGGGACAGAGAAGACCAUCUUUGCAGGUCAUCUGGGAGACUGCAUGUCCCUCGGUAUGGCUCCAGACUUCAAGACCUUUGUCUCCGGGGCCUGUGACUACACAGCCAAACACUGGGACAUUCGAGAUGGAAACUGUACACACACAUUAAGUGGACACGAGAGUGACGUCAACGCUAUCUCGUUCUUCCCCAACGGUAAUGGGAUAAUCACGGGCUCUGAUGACGCCACCUGCAAGCUGUAUGACCUGCGGUCCGACCAGGAACUCGUCACCUACCAGGACUCCACCAUCAUGUGCGGCGUCACCUCCCUCGCCCCGUCUGUGUCCGGGAGGCUCAUCCUCGCCGGCUACGACGACUUCAACGUCAACAUCUGGGACUCACUGAAGUCAGAGAGAGUGGGUGUGCUGGCUGGACAUGACAACAGAGUGAGCUGCUGCGGAGUGACGACUGAUGGAAUGGCCUGCUGCACUGGGUCCUGGGACAGCUUCCUGAAGAUUUGGAACUGAAGCACCUCCCAAAACAACACGACCACAUAAAUGCAAGCUGGCAGCACUAAACAAGAUGAAAUUCAGGGUGGGUGGGGAUGAGCUUAAGAGAGUUAUAGAUAGAGCAAGGUCAUAAAAUACUGGCAGAAACAAAGUAGGAGUUUUGUUGCACCAAGUCCGACUAAAGGCAAGAAAGAGGGUCUUUUGGAGGCGAAACACAUCUUUCUAAUCCUCCUUCUCUCCUUUCUGUCCAAAAGAAUUGCUUUGGGUUGACGUGGAGAUACAUCAGCAAAACAGGCUCUACAGAAUGGGGUUUUAUUUAGGAAAUUUGUCAUUGAUUCUAAAGGAAUUUGGUAGGAUUUGGCAAAACUUUCUAAACUAGUUUUAACCCUUGUUACACUUCACAAUUAAACAGUAGAUGCUCUCUGUAUAGCACACUAAUGUCAACACAAAAGUUGCCAAAUGGUUAUGCAAGAAAAUUGUUUAUCUAGGUUUACACAGAUGAUAGGACCACUUUUAUAUUCAGUUCAAUGUUAUACAGCUGUUGUGUGUUUGGCUGUUGUGUGUUUGGCGCAAUAUUGAUUGUUUUAAUAUACAUUGUUUCUUUAAGUAAUAUGUUGGCUGUAGAAAGCUAGCUUUCUUUUUCAGUUUUUAGCAUAGAUUAAUUUAUGAUUCCUCCAAGUCCUCACACAGCUGAAACAUGACCAUGUGGUCCACUCUGAUAAUAGGUUAUCAGCCAAACGGGUCUAGUCUGGUAGCAACUACAAUCAAAAGAAACCGACAAAGCUGGCAAGUUCAGCAGACCAGUGGAUGAACAGAUGGGGAAAAUUUACAGUUUACUGAGCAAUAACAAUAUUAAGUUUAAUUUGGUGAAUGCCUUUUAUUUGCCCUUGUUGUAUUGAUAUUGCUGUUGAGUUCUAAAUGGGGAUGUUCCUUACAGCACUACAGUAGAUAUUGCUUUGUCUUUUCAAAAAAAGGAAAAUGUUUCACCCCCCCCCC